ACUGUCGUCUGCUUCGGUUGUCAUAACACAUUACAAUUUUGCAUAUGCUAGUUAAUGCAAAUGCAGAAUUCUUAGAAUUCGAGUAAAAAAACAUUAGUUUCAAUUUUCAAAUCUUAUAUUAGUGUGUUAUUGAUUACAACACCUCAAGGUCAAGAACCAGAUUAAACAUGAACCUCACACAAAUAGCAUCUUUGAGAAUGGCUACACUAAAAUCUUUAUUACGAAAGACUGUAACCCCCAUUCGUGUUUCUUACUUUUCAUCAUCAGUGAAUGAACCAGAGAACUGUGCAACUAAAGCUGCUAAACUAAAGAGAGUCAAAACACCCAUUGGCAAACUUGAUGAGCUGGAAGAAGGUCAACAUCCUUACCAAGAAAAAGAACCUUUGAAACCAUGGCCAAAUAACACACAUCCAACAACAGGUGAAGUUGGAGGACCCAAGGGUCCAGAACCAACAAGAUAUGGAGACUGGGAAAGGAAAGGUAGAGUUAGUGAUUUUUAAGAUAAAAUCUUUGUCAAACACAGUUUAAUGCUGAAAACACAUAAUACAAAAACUUGAGAUUAUA